AUGAGCGACUCGGAAGACUACGACGACUACUUCAACGCUGCCUUGUUCCUCAACGAAAACUACACCAACACGGAGUAUGUCUUCAACGACAAUAUCACGCAAAACCUCUUGAGCUCCAAGGCCGCGUCGACCGACCACGAUCUCACGGGCCAGGUCGUGUGGCCCGUCUCCAUCCUCCUCUCCUGGUUUGUGGCGGCCAACAACCACCUUUUCCGCGGCAAGAACGUGCUCGAAGUCGGCGCUGGCGCCGGCCUCGCCGGCUUUGUCGCGUCUCAGUUUGCCGCGCACACGGCCAUCACCGACGGCAACGACGUCGUCCUCCGGCUCCUCACGCGCAACGUCGAGCACACGCAGGCGAACUGCAGCAUUCACAAGCUCUUGUGGGGCGAAGAAGACAGCGUGGUCGCUUUUACACACGCCUUUCCGCACCACGUCGAUAUCGUCUUGGGCGCCGACGUGGUGUGCUGGCCCAACCUCGUGCUGCCGCUGCUCCUAUCUCAUGCAUCAGUGCCCGAUAUGUUUGCGACCGUCUUCUACUGUGGGUUUGUCUGCCGCGCCACGAGCACACGCGAUCUGCUUUUCGCCCAAGCCAAGGCGAUGGGCUUUGCCCUCUGGACGGUCGACCACGACACGUUCUUGCCGACGCCGCGCCCCGACAACGUCCUCUCUGUGAAGGAGCUCUUCUUGCUCGGGUUCCGCCUCGACAAGACGUCGCCCGCGGCGUCGGACCCAGUGGCGUUUCUGGACGACUUGGAAAACCUCCAAACGGCGUGCUAG